AUGGCGAACACUGCGAGGUCUCGAUCGGUGCAACUGUUAUGGGUUGCGUGCCAUGAAAGAAUUCCAACGAAAGCGAGACUGGUUAGGCUUGGUCUACUGGAUAAUUCUGCGUGUGUGUUUUGUAGUGAAGUGGAAACCAUGGAACAUCUCCUUUUUUCCUGUCAUGCUACAAGAACAGUCUGGGAACAUAUUUUAAAGUGGCUGGUUGUAGAUCAUAGGUCUGAUUCCUGGAAUAGUGAAAUUGCGUGGAUGAACCGGCAAUGUAAGAAGAAGGGCAAUAAGAGUAGGAUUCUCCUUUGUGCUUUCACAGAGACGAUUUAUGAAUGUUGGUGGUAUAGAAACCAAGCUUGUUUUGGGGAGAAACCGAGUGAAAUGACUGUGGUCUCUAGGAUUAUAGAUGCUACGGUGUACCGGUGUUGGGCUAAACCGAAGUUGCGUACUACGUUGAGUAGAAUUCUUAUGCCUUAG